AUGGAUGUGAUUCCUGAUAUGGAUGAUUUGUUGAAUGAACUUGAAGCUGCUGAAGCAAGCACAGAAAAAGUCAAGCUUAUUAGUGAUCUGGUAUUUCAUUCAAAUAAUGUACUGUUGAAUACUGGGAACGGUUUAAAUAUCAUACAGGGAGAUGUUUCAAAUCUCGAUCAUAUCGGUGAAACUGCCGUUUCUGCAAAUAUUCUUAGCGCACCGAAAGAACCUGAGAAAUAUCUUGAGUACGAUGUAACGUCAAGUAAACAUCUGGACAAUACAGAAAUUGCUGUACGAAAUGAGAAAUCUAUAAUUUGUGGCGAACAUGGAGAAAAACUGGAAAGUGUACCAGAAAAAGCUUGCAUUUCUUAUUUAGAUAGUGCUGAAAUUAAUGAUAUUUUAAAUGAUAUUAUCACCUCCUUAACAAUAAUGGAAUCAAAUACUUCAUGCAAUGCAAAUAUCAGCAGUACUGAUUCUGGUUUGGGGGAACGCAUUCAUGAUUAUGAUGAUACCGCAUUUCGCAAUAGUACAACCAUGAAAAUUAAAGCCAUGGAAUAUUCUGAUGUCGCAGAUCUUGCUGAAGAAUUUGGACAGAUUUCCAGCGUUACUCAUAAGGCUGAUGACAAAGGCGUGAAUGUGCGUUCACAUUGUCGUAUUAAAAGCUAG